AAUUAUAUGAGGGUAUGACCUUAGAUUGAAAGAAGAAGUAGAAUAAGAAAAAAAAAAUGGAGGGAGAGAAAAUUUUCAUAGCGAAGAUGAUAUUGUCAGUGGCAUUGGGUGGAUUUGUAGUGUUGUUUGUCCAUCUCUACAAUGUUUUGGUAUGGAAGCCGAGAAGGCUAAGAUCAAAGCUUCAAAGCCAAGGUAUCAGAGGUCCUUCACCCACUUUUCUGUAUGGAAACAUUCCUGAAAUAAAGAGAAUCCAACUUCAGAUGCGAUCCAAGUCAACAACCCCAAAAGACCACCGCCACCACGACGGUGGUGGUGAGAUCGCUCAUGAUUGGCCUGCCACUGUGUUCCCACACAUCGAGCAGUGGCGAAAUGAAUAUGGACCAACAUUCAUGUAUUCAACUGGAAACAUGCAAGUGCUAUGCAUAACAGAUCCAGAGAUGGCUAAGGAAGUGAGCCUCUGUACCUCAUCGAGCCUUGGAAAACCUUCUUAUCUAUCCACGGACAGGGGGGCUCUGCUAGGCCAGGGAAUUCUUACUUCAAAUGGACCUCAUUGGGCCCACCAGAGGAAAAUCAUUGCUCCUGAAUUUUACCCUGAAAAGGUUAAGGGCAUGGUGAACCAAAUGGUGGACUCAAUGACUGCAAUGCUUAAAACUUGGGAGAAUAGAAUCGAAAUUGUGGGAGGAAAUGCAGAAAUCAGAGUUGAUGAGGAUUUGAGGAUUUUGUCUGCAGAUAUAAUCUCAAAGGCUUGUUUUGGAAGCAACUAUUCCCAAGGGGAAAAAAUAUUCCUACAACUCAGAGCCCUUCAAAAGGUCAUGUCUAAGGGAAACAUCGGGGUCCCUGGAUCAAGAUAUUUGCCAAGCAAAAAUAACAGAGAGAUAUGGAGAUUGGAGAAAGAGAUUUAUUCAAUGAUAUUAAAUGUAGUUAAAGCACGUAGUGAGGCUAAAAGUGAGAAAGACCUCUUACAAAUGAUACUUGAGGCUGCCAAGAAUUGCAGAGACAAUGGUGACCUACCACCGGGUAUUACUCCCAACAAGUUCAUAGUGGAUAAUUGCAAGAAUAUAUACUUCGCUGGCCAUGAGACCACAGCUGUAUCAGCAUCAUGGUGCUUGAUGUUAUUGGCUGCAUAUCCAGAAUGGCAAGCUCGUGUUCGUUCUGAGGUGCUUGAGAUCUGUGGGAAGAAUCUUCCAGAUGCAGAUAUGCUUCAAAGCAUGAAAACACUAACUCUGGUGAUUCAAGAGACAUUGCGCCUUUACCCACCAGUAGCAUUUGGGGUAAGAGAAACUUUAGAAGAUAUAAAUCUCAAAGACAUUCACAUUCCAAAAGGCAUCAACAUUCAGAUCCUCAAACCAAUUCUGCAACAGCAUCCAGACAUGUGGGGACCAGAUGUACACCAGUUCAAACCAGAAAGAUUUGCACAUGGAACUAUUGCGGCUUGCAAAAUUUCACAGGUUUUUAUGCCAUUUGGAGUUGGGCCUCGCACCUGUGCAGGACAACAUUUUGCCAUGAUAGAAUUGAAGGUGAUUUUAUCUCUCAUUCUGUCAAAGUUUAGCUUCUCACUCUCCCCAAAAUAUCGACACUCCCCAGUAUUUAGGUUAGUUAUAGAGCCUGAGCAAGGAGUUAUACUCCAUGUCAAGAGAGUGUGAUCUUUUCUGUUUUCUUUGAGAAAAGAUUUGGCAGACAUACAAACUCGUAUUUGUCAAGUAAAGAAGUGCAAAUUUCCAUGCACAUUUUGUACUACUAACUAAAAAAAAAGUACUGGAUUAUUUAUUUUUUAGGGCAGGCCUUGGCACAAA